UACUAUUUGCUCGGGCAGAUUUAUGAUCACUCAUUUCUGUACUUCUCACUGUGGUGCAUUCCUUUCUGUAGCAUAAACAAUUAUGGAUUACUACAUAGGUGUAGACGUAGGAACAGGAAGUGCUAGAGCUGCCCUUGUUUCCCUAGAAGGGAAGAUCAAGAAGACUGCUGUUCAUUCUAUUAAAACUUUUAUAUCCUCCAGUGUUUUCUAUGAGCAAUCCUCCAAUGAUAUUUGGGAAGCAGUAUGCCAAACAGUAAAGAUUGUCACAGAAAAUGUUCCAAAGGAUAAUGUUAAAGGAAUCGGGUUUGCUGCAACCUGUUCUUUGGUUGCUUUGGAUGAAAAUGGAUUGCCAGUAACAGUAAGUCUAUCAGGAAAGGAUGAACAAAAUAUUAUUCUGUGGCUGGAUCACAGAGCAGAAGAGGAAGCCAAUUUUAUUAAUAAAAGCAAUCACAAGAUACUUCGAUACGUAGGUGGAAAAAUAUCAUUAGAAAUGGAAACUCCAAAAAUGCUGUGGCUGAAAAAUAAUUUGCCUAAAUCAUGGGCACGUGCUCAAUUAUUAUUUGAUCUUCCCGACUUUUUAACAUGGAGAGCAACUGAUGCAGAAUCAAGAUCGUUAUGUUCUCUGGUAUGUAAAUGGAAUUAUUGUGCUGAUCCAAGUGAUAACAAUGGCUGGAACAUUGAAUUCUUUGAAAGUAUCGGCUUGUCAGAUUUAAGCAAAAGCAAUUGGAGACGAAUAGGCAACAAAGUCCAAACUCCUGGAGACUGUGUUGGAUCAGGCUUAAGUGCUACAGCAGCGGCUGAAUUGGGUCUUCGUAAAGGAACUCCUGUAGCCACUUCGAUGAUAGAUGCUCAUGCUGGAGGACUCGGACUUGUUGGAUGCUCUGUACCAGGAAUAUCUAAUGAUUUUAGCACAAGAUUAGGAUUAAUUUGUGGAACGUCGACUUGUCACAUGAUUGUAAAUGAAAAGGAAAUUUAUGUUGAUGGUGUAUGGGGCCCUUAUUACAGUGCUAUGGUACCUAGAAUGUGGUUAAACGAGGGAGGACAAAGUGCCACUGGGAAACUCCUUGAUCACAUUAUUGACACCCAUCCUGCUAUCGGAGCAAUACGUCAUAAAAUAAACGGCAAAAUGCAUGUGCAACAGUACUUAUCGGAGAUACUACAAGCUAUUGCAAAACAAAAAAAUCUGCCUGAUGUUUCAUACUUAACAAACAACUUACAUGUUUGGCCAGACUUUCAUGGUAAUCGUUCACCGCUGGCUGAUCCUGGACUCCAGGGAAUGAUUUCAGGAUUAACUUUGUCAGCUGACGAAGAAAGUUUAGCACUUUUGUACUUAGCUACUGUGCAAGCUCUAACGUAUGGAACCAAACAUAUUUUAGAGGCCUUGACCCUUGCUGGACACAAAGUAGAGACGCUACUUAUUUGUGGCGGUCUCAGUCAAAAUCCACUGUUUACACAAAUACAGGCAGAUGUCUUAGGUUUACCUGUUCUUACUCCUUUAGAAACAGAAUCAGUGCUACUUGGCGCUGCAAUCUUGGGUUCCUACGCAGCAGGUGUUUUUCCUUCGGUGAACGAUGCUGUUCGUAGCAUGGGAGGUCUAGCAAAAAUUGUAAAACCAAAUAAGGCAGUGUACAAAUAUCAUCAACGUAAAUAUCAAGUUUUUAAGAAGAUGGUACAAGACCAGAAAACAUAUAAGGAACUGAUGGAAAUAGAAACGUAACUGAUGUUGAAAUAAAUUUACAAACAUUGCUUUCUAUGAUUAUGAAAAUUGUCGAUAGACAAACCUCCAUACACCGUAUACAACAGAUGCUAAAUUUCUGCUCUUCCGACUGGAAUCUCAUAUAAGACUGCAUUACUAUAACAAUAUGUUGAAGAUCUUAUUUCAUUACAAAUGUAUAGAAUUGUUGUGCGCAGACGUGUUUGUUAUUAUUUAAUUAAAAUUGGACAGUAUCAACUCGAUCGAAUAUUUGCUUCAUCUAAAUAAAGCAUAUGAACAAUUAACAAAUUA